UACUACAAGUAUCCAAGUCUCAUCACAUGAAACCAGAAAGAAUCGACGUGACUCGCUCAGAAUAGUCAGAAUUGGAACUUACCCUCAUAAUCCUCAAGAAACCAAAAAAUUAGGCUAAAAAAACAGUUUUUUAUUGUUUCUUACUUCCGUUAAGUGUCACGCGAUAUCCAAUUUCAAAUUACAUGCUCGACUUCCUCUGAUAAAUUUAUAUUCAUAAGUCGUUCGAUAUCUCAUUCAGGUCAAGUGCAAUUCGACUGUUCGCGACGGAAAUAAAAACUGUCUCGAGUUUUUUCCCCUAUUAUUCAAUCUUGGAGAGAAAAAGCAAAAAAAGUGCGAAAAUAGAAGAAUUAAAGAAGAAAAGUGGCUAUUUGAAACCGUCUUCCCGCGACAGUGCUGCUCGUAAUUUUUUUGAAUUUGAAGCAGGGAAAUUCAAGUUUGAAUUUUGUGAGUAAAAAUCAUUGAUUCAAAUUAUUAUAUUUCGUGAAAGCCUGAAGAAGUUUAGCAAUUAAGUGAAAGGAAUCUCAUCAACAGAAAGAGAAAUAAGUCUUAUCGAUAAAGGAAGUGCUGACGAUAAGGAUCCACUUUCAAGAAUUCGACACAAAAGUAUCUUUUGACUGUUCGCUUCUGUUUUUUUCCAUGGAAAGUGGAAUGUUCUCGGUUGAAAAAAUAAGUUCUAAAAUCGAGAGCAGAACUGAAAAGAGUACAAAUUAUAAGUUAGAGGAAAAUUAAUAAAAGAAAAAGAGUUUAUUUAAAUAAUGUUUAAUGUACAGUGUGAAGCCUAGUCAGGAAUGUUAUUAAACAUCCGUCUCUAUGAUCUGACUCAUUGCCAAUGUUGUUUAUCGAGCCUGAUGACUAAAUAACUUGUUUUUAGCAAUAAUCAUUUUACAAUAACCGAAUACUGAAGCAUGUGUAUUUUUAAUAAUAAUGAUGAAAAUGAAAUUUAAGAGCGAAGCAACACCUCUGGUCCAGACCUUCGUCAUCCUAUCGUUGAUUAAUUUCUCCAAUGGAUAUAUCGAAUGCUACAAAUGUCCAAUAGAAGCAACAAAAACUCAAGAAUACAUAGACUGUCCAUCUUUUGAUAGAAGUCCCAUAUUUAAAGUUCAAUGCUUCACGUCGACUUUUUGCGAAAAGAAAAUAACGCACCUCACAAUAACAAAUGGAACAACAAUAACAAGAGUCGUUCAUCGUGGCUGUGCUCCACAAAAUGAGCAACAACAUCAUCUUCGCGAUAGAGAAUGGGUGAUUAGAGACAAUAUAAAAAGAUAUAUUUAUGAGCCAGGUUGUUCCAAAGGCAUAGAUAAAAAUUCGCCAACCGGUCCAGCAACCUACUGUCGCUGCACAACUCACUACUGCAAUGGAGUGUCGCCAAAAGAUAUUGUACAAUCACUGCAUAUAAGUCUCGUGGCUAUAUUUAUUUUAUAUUUAUUAUGAAAAAAUUAGGAGUUUUUAGAUAGGGAAAACCUUUAUCGAAUGCAUCGGUACGUGCAGGGUAAAUGAUAAAAUGAAAAGAGAUCUACAGAUAAGCAACUAUAAUUAAAUUAACGUCUCAAUAUUGAUUGGUACUAGUCUUCUACUUUUAGUAUGUCUCAAAGACAUACUAAAUAUUCAAAUUGAUAGAAUUAUAAAUCAGAAUCUAGCAAUGGUACACAUUCACAGAGUAUCUCUUCAGUUCUGCAACAAUUUAGCAAUAUAGCAUAAUACUCCAAAGCUGGUCUUAAAUACUUAAACCAUAAUUUAAAUAACAUUCUUAAAGAUAUUUUUCAACGACAAAAACCCAAGCUGUGAAUAAUUUAGUUGUAACAAUUUAUAAGAAUCUCCUUUUUUAAACUAAGCCAAAAAGUUGUGAUAACGUCUAGAUUAGUUAACAGAUUUGUUAAGUAGUCUGAGAUAGAUAUGACAAAAUAAUAAAAAAUACGAUAUUUAAAUGUUA